GUUCAAUUUUCACAGGCAUACAAUGGGCUCAUGAGGUAUGAGAUUGUGUACCUAACCUAAAUAUGUGUUAAAUUGCCGAAAAUAUAAUUAAUUGUGUUUAUAAAUAAAUAGUAGUUUGUAAUUAAUAAAAUAAUUAACUCGUCACAUAGUCUUAUGAUUAUAUAAAUUAUUAAUAAAUAGUAACAAUAACAAUAAAUAUAUAAGGUAAUAAACAAUGACAAUGUUGAAGCUGGUUGGAUUUUUACGAAAUGGACCAUCGAAACUUGGCCCGAGAUCAACAUCAUGCUGGUGCAUGUCAAAACAUAAAGUUAUGUCUAUUGCAUGCUCGAGUACAUCGACAGCCAACAAACCUGCUCCGAAUGAAACUAAACCCAUCAAAGAUAAGUCAAAGUUUCCAAUGGUGAAACUGGUAUUUAACGCACUGUCAGUCAACGAAAUAAGUGAUGACAAAUUCAAAGAAAAUGUGACAAGUGCUACGACGUUAGACGAACUGCUGCGUGUAUCGGAGCUGGCUCAUGGUAAUGAGCAACUGACGUUAAUUACUUCCACACUGAAACAGUGGGUUCAGGAAGACAAAGUAACUCGAAAAGAUAUCGAAAGUGAUCCGAGGUUUCAUCAGUUGCGCUCUAGAAUAAAACGUUCUGUCGACACGUGGGGCAGGAAGGAUUCUGCUCGUGCCAGCAAAGAGGCCGCGGCGCGUAGGGAACAUCUUCAAAAGAUGAUCGCUGGUAACGUUGAUUACAAUGACGAAAUCAGUAAAUUGAGUGUCAAGGAAGCUGUUGAUGCCUGGACUGGUUUGACAGCCAAGGGUUCAAGAGAGAAGCCAUUGCUGAGAGCUCUCGCUUCUCAUAUUGGCAACAAUCAUAAGGAACUCAACAUAAAACAAAGUGCUGAUGUGCUUUACGGCAUGGCCAAGCUUAACUUUCCGGAUGAUGUUCUGCUGAAGAAAAUUUGUCGAGAGAUCAUUAAAUCUGUUGAUCAAGUCAGUAAUAGUCCGAUUAUUGGGUCUAUUAUUACGUCUCUUGGUAUGCUGAGGUAUCGCAACGAUGCGUUGAUGGAUGAGUUGUCCCAGUGGGCGGUUAAAAAUAAAGAUACCAUAAGGACUCAGGAUGUCUGUUCAUUCCUGAUGACGUUAGCUACGAUAGGAUACAAACCCAUUAAUUCCGAUGCUUUUUUUAAUGAAUUGGUGUAUUCAUUAAAAGAAAUUGACAUGAUCAGACCAUCAGAAUGGUUGGACAUCGUCUGGGCUCUCACGACAUUGAAUCACGUGUCGUCCGAACACAUCAGUUCUGUGUUGAACGAUAAAUUUAUCAACAAACUCGGCGAUCGAGAUCAGGAGGUUCCACUGGUCAAGAAACAUAAAUUACUAAAUAUAAAUGCUACUGCUAGGUAUUUAAUAAAGCAUUACACAGGUCCGCAGUUACCUGAAAAUUCUUCGAUAUUUGAUGCGCCGAUUUCUAAAACUAAAGAUAAAGAAAUUUUUGUACGAGCAAUAAAAGAUACGCUGGCGACUCUCUUUCCUUCGAGAGAUCAUUUUCGAGAAGACAUUGACGAUGGAAUGGGUUUUUUAUUAGAUUUGGAUUUCUUUAUGGACAAAAAAUUGUCACCGAUACCAAUUGACCAGGUGUCAAACAAAGAAAACGUAAUGAGGAUAGCGAUUGUCGCAAAUUCCUAUCAAAAUUAUACUCGAGGUGAGUGCAUGUUGAUAGGACCAGUUCGAUUACACUAUCGAUUACUUCAAGCGCAGCAAUGCCGAAUACUUGAUAUUUCGUACGUAGAUUUCCACACAGAGGACAUUUUAUUAAAACGAGUAACUUAUAUUAAUGAUCGUAUUAAAUCUAUUGUUAAAUAGUGACUGUUAGUAUCAAAGUAUCAUUAUUGAUUAUCGUGUAAAUUUAAUAAAAAAAAAAAGUUUAACUUUUAUUUCUUAUCUUAUAA